AUGGGGGACUGGAAUCUCCUUGGAGAUACUCUGGAGGAAGUUCACAUCCACUCCACCAUGAUUGGAAAGAUCUGGCUCACCAUCCUGUUCAUAUUUCGAAUGCUUGUUCUGGGUGUAGCAGCUGAAGAUGUCUGGAAUGAUGAGCAGUCUGGCUUCAUCUGCAAUACAGAACAACCAGGCUGCAGAAAUGUAUGCUACGACCAGGCCUUUCCUAUCUCCCUCAUUAGAUACUGGGUUCUGCAGGUGAUAUUUGUGUCUUCACCAUCCCUGGUCUACAUGGGCCAUGCAUUGUACCGACUGAGAGUUCUUGAGGAAGAGAGGGAAAGGAUGAAAGCUCAGUUAAGAGUAGAACUGGAGGAGGUAGAGUUUGAAAUGCCUAGGGAUCGGAGGAGAUUGGAGCAAGAGCUUUGUCAGCUGGAGAAAAGGAAACUAAAUAAAGCUCCACUCAGAGGAACCUUGCUUUGCACUUAUGUGAUACACAUUUUCACUCGCUCUGUGGUUGAAGUUGGAUUCAUGAUUGGACAGUACCUUUUAUAUGGAUUUCACUUAGAGCCGCUAUUUAAGUGCCAUGGCCACCCGUGUCCAAAUAUAAUCGACUGUUUUGUCUCAAGACCAACAGAAAAGACAAUAUUCCUAUUAUUUAUGCAAUCUAUAGCCACUAUUUCACUUUUCUUAAACAUUCUUGAAAUUUUUCACCUAGGUUUUAAAAAGAUGAAAAGAGGGCUUUGGGGAAAAUACAAGUUGAAGAAGGAACAUAAUGAAUUCCAUGCAAACAAGGCAAAACAAAAUGUAGCCAAAUACCACAGCACAUCUGCAAAUUCACUGAAGCGACUCCCUUCUGCCCCUGAUUAUAAUCUGUUAGUGGAAAAGCAAACACACACUGCAGUGUACCCUAGUUUAAAUUCAUUUUCUGUAUUCCAGCCAAAUCCUGACAAUCAUAGUGUAAAUGAUGAGAAAUGCAUUUUGGAUGAACAGGAAACUGUACUUUCUAAUGAGAUUUCCACACUUAGUACUAGUUGUAGUCAUUUUCAACACAUCAGUUCAAAUAAUAACAAAGACACUCAUAAAAUAUUUGGAAAAGAAGUUAAUGGUAACCAGUUAAUGGUAAAAAGAGAAACUGAAGGCAAAGACAGCAAAAGGAACUACUACUCUAGAGGUCACCGUUCUAUUCCAGGUGUUGCUAUAGAUGGAGAGAACAACAUGUUUUCACCCCAAACAGUUUUCUCCUUGCCAGCUAACUGCGAUUGGAAACCGCGGUGGCUUAGAGCUACAUGGGGUUCCUCUACAGAACAUGAAAACCGGGGGUCACCUCCUAAAGGUAACCUCAAGGGCCAGUUCAGAAAGGGCACAGUCAGAACCCUUCCUCCUUCACAAGGACAGUCUCAAUCACUUGACAUUCCAAACACUGCUGAUUCUUUGGGAGGGCUGUCGUUUGAGCCAGGGUUGGUCAGAACCUGUAAUAAUCCUGUUUGUCCUCCAAAUCACGUAGUGUCCCUAACGAACAAUCUCAUUGGUAGGCGGGUUCCCACAGAUCUUCAGAUCUAAACAGCAGUUGGCUUUUAGACAUUAUAUAUAUUAUCAGAAAAGUAGCCUAGUGGUCGUGGGGCACAGAAAAAAUAGAUAUGGGCAGCUCUAAAGACCAGCUGUUAAGACAGACAACUGCAAACUCAUUUAAGCAAGAGAAAAACAGCUCUAAUUCGAGAUUUUGAAGGAACACUUCUAAAUUCAAAGACAUAGCGUUGUCAAGUCAGGAUUUUUUUUUUUAAUGAUAUCCUUUCGAAUGUGUGUAACUGAUUUUGGGAAAAUCACAUGUUCAGAAUUGAAGCUAAAUGGUUUGAUCAGGUUUUCUCUUUGAAGAGACCACAGCCUUAGGAAAUGGUUCUUGAUCUAUAUAAUUCCACCUUGGACACUGGGUUAAUUCUGUUUGCCCCUGGAACACAAUCAUGUAAGUUUCCUUCUAGACUGCAUCCUGAUGUGUCUUGAGUAUAAUCACAUGUUGCUACCUAGUAAAUAAAAUCUUAAAAAGAUC